AUGCGGGAAUAUAAACUUGUUGUCUUGGGCAGUGGAGGUGUUGGGAAGAGUGCAUUGACUGUUCAGUUUGUGCAAGGGAUAUUUGUUGAGAAGUAUGAUCCAACGAUAGAAGACAGUUACAGAAAGCAAGUUGAAGUUGAUGGUCAGCAGUGCAUGUUAGAGAUACUGGACACUGCAGGCACAGAACAAUUUACAGCCAUGAGGGAUUUGUACAUGAAAAAUGGACAAGGCUUUCUUCUGGUGUAUUCCAUCACAGCACAGUCUACAUUCAAUGAUCUACAGGAUCUAAGAGAACAGAUUUUGAGGGUUAAAGAUACAGAUGAUGUGCCUAUGCUGUUGGUAGGCAACAAGUGUGACCUUGAAGAUGAACGAGUGGUAGGAAAAGACCAAGGCCAAAAUCUGGCUCGGCAAUUUCAGUGCGCUUUUCUGGAGACUUCAGCCAAAAUGAAAAUAAAUGUUUUAGAGAUCUUCUAUGAUUUAGUGCGUCAGAUAAACAAGAAGAACCCAGGCCCUGGACGAGAGAAAAAGAAAAAGAGCGGCUGUGCUUUACUUUGA